AUGGCAACGACAGAAAAAAGUAGUCCAAGAAAGAAGAUUUCAUGGGAUCGUCUUAUUCCCGACGAAAUUAUAAAUCAAUGCAUCGCCAGAGUUCCACUUUCAAGCCAUGGUGCCAUGAGUUUAAUAUCCAAGCAAAUCGGAAGCUUCAUCAAUGGCGGAGAGAUAUUCGGCACCAGAUCCGGUCUUGGAAUAAAAGAGACCAGGAUACUUGUUGCCAUUGGGUAUAAAGAAGAUGGUUCAGCUGCGGAAUGGUAUUCGUUGGUGAAGAAGUUUUGUAACGACGACUAUGUCCUUCGCCCGGUUCCGUCGUUUCCACUCAUUAACCGUAAAGAAGCUUUGGUUGCGGCUGGAAAUAGGGUUUUCGUCCUUGGUCCGUCUGAUAUUUCCUCUGUGGAAGGUGGAACAUACAACAAGAAGAUCGUGUCCAAGACUAAAGCCGUACACUAUGGGGAUGAAGUAACUGCAGUGGUCGAUGACAAGAUUUACGUGUUUGGAGGAUGUUCAAGCGAGGACUCUGCUCUGAGUUACCUUGAGAUUCUUGACGUUAGCACAAACAAAUUGGAAACUCUUCCCAUACCUGAGCAAGACAGAGCGCUGAUACCACGUUCUAACUCAUGGAGAGUUGUUUGGAAUGGGGUUGUUUACUUCAUCAGAAGAGAUGAUGAUUGUGUUGUUUUUGAUCCAAAAACAAGGAAGCUGGAGAGGAAAGAUGAUGCAUCGAUGGGCGAUAGAAUGUAUCUAACAUCAUGUGUCAUAGACAACACAAUCUACACUGUGGGAUGGGAAUGCGACAUUGAGUACUUUGAUCCAGAAUGCAGAACGUGGAGAGCUGUAAAAGGCAUUGAAAAGCUAGCAGAAUUUGAACUGUUUAACACUUCACUCUUCAACUUCAACAACAGCAAGCUGAUGGUAUUUCACCAGCGGAGUCCGGAAGAGAUUUGGUUUACGCUCAUCAGCUUAGAGAAGCGAGGGAUCGAAAUGUGGGGAAGCGUUGACUCUUGCAACUGCGGUUUAAAGCUGGAAAAACCUGCAAUUAUUCGACAACUUCUAAGUCUUGAGAUCUGA